AUGCCUCUUGAAGUCCUCUUCUUUGGCGCCGGUGCGAUCGGAGCUUUUUACGCCUCUCGCGUCGCUCUCAAUCCAGACACCAAUGUCUCCGUGGUCUGUCGCUCAAACUAUUCCGCGGUCAAAGCCAAUGGCUUCCAGGUAGCCUCCCCACAGUACGGCGACUACACGUGGACGCCGACACGCACCUUCAAUUCUCCUGAGUCUGUCCGUCAAAGCGGAGUCAAAUGGGACUUCGUUGUGGUCAGCACCAAAGCAUUGCCCAAUGUCUCGGAUGACUCCAAACUCCUCGAAGGUUUGAUAUCCGCGCAAACAGCGGUCGUGUUAAUCCAGAACGGUCUCGGAGUGGAACAGCCUUACGCCCAGAGAUUUUCCGACUCCUCUAUCCUAAGUGCCGUCACUGUGGCCUCUGCAGCACAGCCUUCGAGUGGCCAUAUCAAACAUAACCGCUGGACACGGAUAAACGUAGGACCGUUCUUCUCAGACUCUCAGACUUCCUCGUCAGAGUUGAAAGCAAAAGCCGCGGCACAGAACAAAACUUUCGUCGACCUCUUGCUCAAAGGCGGAAUCAAAGAUGCCAUCGCCGACACUCACGAGAAGCUCCAAUUGGUCCGCUGGCACAAGAUCGCCAUCAACGCGGCCUUUAAUCCAUCUGCCGUGCUAUCGGGGGGAUCCACAAACCAAGCCAUGGCGCUAGACUCGGAGCUCUACGUCCAUCUUAAAGGGGUGAUGGAUGAAGUGCUCAUCACGGCGCCGAAGGUCGUGGGGAAAGCGUUCCCCAAGGAGUUCGCGACGGCGGAAGCCAUUCUACGAUCUACGCAGAGAAAUAAAAGUGGCAGCAAACCGAGCAUGCUUCUUGACUGGGAAAGUGGAAAGCAAAUGGAGAUGGAAGUCAUCCUGGGCAACCCAAUACGACUGGCAAGGGAAAAAGGAUGCGAGAUGCCUCGGAUGCAGAGCUUGUAUGCGCUGCUAAAGAUGAAGGAGAAGCUAAGAGAGGAGGAGAACGCGAAAAGAGGGUGGAGAAUUUGA